CUCGGUCCUCGGUGCGCAGCCUCCUCGGCCGGCCCUGGGUUUGGGCUGGAGAAAAGGAGAGAAAGCAGGAAGGCAGUCCCCGGCCCUCGCGCUGGCUGAGCUGUCCCACUUGCGCGGAAUGGUUUUGGGGUUGCUCGGGAGGCGUCCCGGAGCCGCAGGAGGGGGCUCCUACUUCGGCAGACGAGGAGACAUGGGCCCCGUGGGAGCGGGAAACCGGGUCCCGCACUCGGGGCAGGCGGGAUUCCCAGGAGCAGAGCGGUGAGGGGACUUCUCCUGGGACUCAUUCACAUCCCCCCCACGGAAAAAUCCACUCAGCGGCCCGCGGGUGGGGUGCGCCACGCGGCUGCCUCGCUCGGGUGACGUCAGCGCCCCGGUCCCCGCCGCCGCCGCAUCCUCGGCUCCCGCCCCGGAGCCCGAGUCUCCCGCGCCCCCAGCGCAUCGGCUGGCCAUGGCUGCGGUGGCGCUGAUGCCGGCGCUGCUGGUGCUACUCCUGCUGGCGUCGCCGCCCGCCGCCUCCGCGCCGCCCGCUCGCGAUCCCUUCGCCCCACAGCUCGGGGACACACAGAACUGCCAGCAGCGGUGUCGCGAGCGCGACCCUGGCCCACGGCCCUCGCAGGCGGGGCUCCUGAGCCCCUCAGAGUCCCCGUAUGACAAGGCCGUCCUGAUCAGCGCUUGCGAGCGUGGCUGCCGUCUCUUCUCCAUCUGCCGAUUCGUGGCCAGGAGCUCCAAGCCCAAUGCCACCCAGAUUGAAUGUGAAGCAGCCUGCGUGGAAGCCUACGUGAAGGAGACGGAGCAGCAGGCCUGCCGCGAAGGCUGCUGGAGCCAGUCCCCCGAGCCCGAGCAGGAUCCUCGGCUGGAGCAGAAGAGAAAGGUCCUGGAAACUCCUAGUGGGGCCCUGUCCCUCCUGGACUUAUUUUCCACCCUCUGCAAUGACCUCGUCAAUUCAGCUCAGGGUUUCGUCUCCUCCACUUGGACAUACUACCUGCAGACUGACAAUGGGAAGGUGGUGGUGUUCCAGACCCAACCUGUAGUCGAGAGCCUUGGGUUCCAGGGGGGCCGUCUGCAGCGAGUGGAGGUGACCUGGAGGGGGUCUCACCCUGAGGCCUUGGAGGUGCACGUGGACCCUGUGGGCCCCUUGGACAAGGUGAGAAAGGCCAAGAUACGUGUCAAGACCAGCAGCAAGGCCAAGGUGGACUCUGAAGAGCCCCAGGACAAUGAUUUCCUGAGCUGCAUGUCCCGGCGCUCAGGGCUGCCUCGCUGGAUCCUGGCCUGCUGCCUCUUCCUGUCUGUGCUGGUGAUGCUGUGGCUGAGUUGCUCUACCCUGGUGACCGCACCCGGCCAGCACCUCAAGUUCCAGCCCCUGACCCUGGAGCAGCACAAGGGCUUCAUGGUGGAGCCAGACUGGCCCCUCUACCCUCCCCCAUCGCACACCUGUGAGGACAGCCCCCCACCCUACAAGCUGAAGCUGGACCUGACCAAGCUGUAGGCCUCACUGGGCAGAACAUUGCCGCGUUCAGAGGCCCUCCCGGCCUCGCCUGCUGUGUCCCGGAGUCCGAGGUCAGCGUGGGACCUUCCCUGGGCUUCCCCACCUCAAAUCCCUCUCGCCCUCAGCCGGUCCCUCACUCCGCCAGGUCCCAGGACAGGAGCCUGGCUGGGGUGGGCGUCUGGCCUUGUCCCCAUCCUGCUUCUUUGGAGCGUGCUCUUCCCGUCCUCAUCGUGUGGCUUUCUGAGUGUUUGAACCCCCGUGUGUGUCACCUUUCUUCUUUCUCUCUCCCCUCUGGGGGGCUGAGGGCUACAGGGAGCCACUUCCUGUUAGGGCUUCUCCCUUCUUCCCUCCCUAUUCUUGGAGACCCAGCCCCCCAAGAGAGGGAGGGAGGCUCCCAUGCCGGGAGGGGGUGCAACUGGGGCUGGAGAAGAAUAAACCAUGUAUAUAAAGAC